UAGCUUGCAGUGAAGACAAUGUGAUUCGAUAAAAAGUACGACAAAAUAAAAAAUACCGACGACGACGAUCAAAACUAAAUUUUUAAUAAAAAUAUUUAUUAUAAUUAUUAGUUAAGUUUAUAAAAUUUAAACGCAUACAAAUAGUGCGCAUAAGAAUCUGCCAUUAAAAAACCAGACAGCAAAAAUAUAUAACAAGUGCACUCGCAGUCCCGAAACACUAAGUUUUGACGUUCUACAAAUGCUAUUCUCGUACAAUAAUUAAUUUCAAUCUUUUGAAAGGGAGAAAGUAUUGCAAUUUGGAUUUACGAAAAAACCAAAAAACCAAAAAGAAAAACUGAACAGAAAAAUGAAAUUAUAAAGAGCGAUGCAGAAAAGUGUCAGUUCAUUUAAUGUGUCAUCUUCUGAUGGUCAUAAUAUCUCUAGAUAUAAUCCCGAAUACAAUAGAAUACAAAAAUCACAAUCUAUGUAUAAUUGCGUUAUUGAAAAGGAGCGCGGCUUUAAGCCAAGCGAUCGACAUGAUCCAACUAAACGAGAAUUUCUCACAGAUUUGAGUAAACAAAUCUGGCAUAAGUCUGAGGAGUCCACAUCAACUGUUUCAAAAAAAGUUGAUUUGCAGAAAAUAUUCACACCAGCAUCGGAUUCUGAAGAAAUUUUGCCAAAAAAUCGAAAACUUUUUGCAUCGUCAGCGUUUUAUUCGCCAAACCUUCAUCCAACUGUCGAAGAUCAAGUUGCCCUUGCCCGAAGGAUAUCGCACUCUUUGAGUGACAUGAGCAAUCAACAAUCUAAGGGUCAAUCGAUGUAUGUAAAUCGAAAGAAGCGAUCUGUUAAAUGGGUUCACGAAGGUUCAGGAAAAGCUCAACCGGAAGUUCAAGAAUAUUACGAGGAAACCAAGGAAAACGAAUAUGAUUCAACCGGAAACGAGCAAGUUUCCUUGAAGUUGGUCAUGAAUCCACGCGGUAAAGUGCGUGACUUAAAUUCAAUACGUGAGCCAUUGAGUGAAACAGGUUUGUUGUCACCAGACAAAUGUGCUGAAUUGGUUACAGCACUUAAUGCUCCGAAAGGACGAGGUGCUGAACUUUUUGCUAAACGCCGCAGGAAGGCUGAAAAAUGGGUCGUUGAUGAAUACAAUCCCGGUAACAAGUCCCCAUCUGGUCAACUUGAACAACCACCCCAUAAGCCAACAUCACCAGCAAGUAUGGUACCAGCAUACUCUGAUGUUGGUAUUCAUCGGGUCCAAUUGAACAUGCAACAAGAUGAAAUUCAAGAUAAGUAUAGUCAGCCUAGUUUAAUUCUUGUAAAAUCACCUUGGGAAGCUGCAUUGGAAACAGGUUCGGCUAGUAGCGCAUUCGAAGAGGUAAAUAAACAUGGUGGACAUUAUGGGCAAUAUAAACAUCAACAAAUACCACAAAUCUCAGUUACACCAAUACCACCUCUAUACCAAGACCAACCUCCUCAAAUUGUUCGGCCAGCAUCAUCGACAUCGAAUAGUCAACGAGAUCUAGCUUAUAAGCCGAGCAUACCAAAAGGAUGGAAAGCCCCUGCUGUUAAUUUGCCAAAAGAACUUUAUGUUCCCAAGGAGAUACCUUUAAGGAGCUAUGCACCACCUCCCGAAGUAUCUAAUUAUCUACCAAGCAGAAGUGCCAUGCCCGUGCAACCAUCUCCAUCUGGCUUUCCAACAACUACAGUUGAAAAAACUUCAUAUUCUGGCUUUCCGUUGACUAAACCUUUAGCAUCACUUCCGAGAGAACCAAAUCCAAAGCAACAAUCGUGGGACCCCUCUGUAUAUCAAACACAGCCACCACCAUCUUCAAAUCAUCCAACUCCGGUGAAUUUCAACCCAUCACCAUUGUCAUUCGAAAAGUUGGCCAAGUUUGAACAACGUGACCCAUCACCAAAGCCAUUUACUUAUACUAAGUUUGGAAACGCAUCACCCAUUAAUUUUAUGAGUGGUCAGAUGAAAAGUCAAUACAAACCUUUUAAGUCAAUUUAUCCCCCACCUCUGGAUGGUAUGGGAAGAGAAAGCUCACCUUAUUCUCCGAUUUCUUAUGGAAAAAACGAGUCUUAUCAACCACCAGUUCCGGUAGGACCAAAAGCGGUUGGAAAUCUUCGUUAUUCAGAUUUUUAGAUGGCAAAAGUCAUAACGAAGCCAGGGUUUUACUUUCGCAUCAUGCACACUAUUACAAUAUGAAUUUUGUUGUUUAUAAUAAAAAAAAUAAUGUAAAUCGAUUUUUAUGCAUACGUAAAUAAAUCUUUAUGUUUCAGUCAAAAAAUU